CAGACAACACUGGACAACACUUCAGCCGACUUCAGCUGAUAAAUAUUCAAAGAAAACGUGUAGGAUUUCAACAAAUUGUUUGAAUUGAAAAAAUCUAUUAUAAAUUGAGAAUAAUGCCGACAAUAUCAGUUAAGCGCGACGCACUUUUUGCCGCUCUGGGCAGGACCUACACUGAUGAUGAGUUCCAAGACCUUUGUUUUGAGUUCGGUUUGGAGCUUGAUGAAGUGACCACAGAGAAGCAAAUGCUGAUGAAGGAGCAAGGAGACCAUGUUGGCGCGGGCGUGUCAGAGGAGAUCCUGUAUAGGAUAGACAUUCCUGCCAACAGAUAUGACCUGCUCUGUUUAGAAGGCCUUGUUGAUGGUAUCUUGGUUUUCCAAGGAAAGAAAUCUCCACCACAGUUCAGUCUGAAGAAGUAUGAAGACUGUCACUCCCUCCACUUGACACCAGCCACGGGACAGAUCAGGCCGUAUGCUGUGGCCGCUGUUCUCAAAGGCAUCACAUUCACCAAGGAGUCUUACGAUAGCUUCAUAGAUCUGCAAGACAAGCUUCAUCAGAACAUAUGCAGAAAGCGGACUCUGGUUGCCAUCGGGACACAUGACUUAGACACAAUACAGGGCCCAUUUGUGUAUGAUGCCUUACCACCAAAUGAGAUCAAGUUCAAGGCACUCAACCAACAGAAGGAAAUGACUGCGCCAGAACUCAUGGAACUGUACUCGACACAUGCUCAAUUGAAACAAUACCUGGGCAUCAUUCGAGACAGCCCGGUGUACCCUGUGAUCAAGGACAAGAAUGGUGUAGUGCUGUCUAUGCCACCCAUCAUCAACGGUGACCACUCCAAGAUCACGCUCGACACGAAGAAUGUCUUCAUUGAGUGUACCGCUACGGAUCUCACUAAGGCAAUAGUAGUCCUGGACACGAUAGUGAGCAUGUUCUCGAAGUACUGCAGCCGUCCGUACGAGGUGCAGCAGUGCAAGGUGUUCGCGCCGGACGGCACCUACGAGCUCUACCCCAAGAUGAGGAGUCGCGAGGAAACCAUCAGCGUGGAGAAGGCUAAUAGAUAUAUUGGUAUCAGUGAGAGUGGCGACAAUCUAGCAGCACUACUGUCGCGCAUGUGCCUGUCCAGCACUGUGGUCGACGACUGUCUGCGCGUGAGAGUACCGCCUACAAGGCAUGACGUCAUACACGCCUGCGAUCUGUAUGAAGACAUCGCUAUUGCUUAUGGUUACAACCGCAUCGAGCGUCGUCCGGCGCGAGUGGUGACGAGCGGUGGACAGGACCCCGGCAACAAGCUGACGGAGCAACUGCGCCAAGAGUGUGCACAUGCCGGGUACACUGAGGCGCUUACUUUCACACUGUGUUCACGAGAUGACGUAGCCACCAAAUUAGGCGUGAAGAUAGAAGAUGUACCGGCAGCUCAUAUCUCGAACCCCAAGACGUUGGAGUUCCAAGUGGUGCGGACACUGCUCCUCCCAGGGUUGCUGAAGACUCUUGCAGCUAAUAAGAAGAUGCCGCUGCCCUUGAAAUUGUUUGAAAUCAGCGAUGUCGUGUUACAGGAUAAAAGUGCUGAAACGGGUGCCCGCAACGAGCGUCGGCUGUGCGCGGUGCACUGCGGGCGCGCCGCCGGCUUCCAGUUCGUGCACGGCCUGCUCGACCGCGUCAUGGCCUUGCUGCGGGAACCCUGGCACAGGGAUAAUGGAUACUGUCUGCAGCAGUGCGAAGACCCCGCGUAUUUCCCGGGGCGGUGUGCGGCAGUGCUGCUGCGAGGAAAGCCCAUCGGCAAGGUGGGCGUGCUGAGCCCCGCGGUGCUGGCCGCCUUCGAGCUCACCAACCCAUGCGCCGCGCUCGAGAUCAACAUACAACCCUUCGUUUGAACACAUUGUUAACUCAUAUUUUAUUUAAUAAAUAUUAAAUUAAUGUUAAA